AUCACUGAGACCCACCCGCUACGCGUCGCCGUCUCCCAGCCGCCAUCCCUCCCCGCUAGCUACUAUUCGCUAACGGCUAACCCUUUCUCUCUGCUCGCCUCGCCAUUACUGUUCGGACUGAGCUCUGCCUGCUGGAGCCUGGACUACAUCGUGAUGAUGGCGGAGGUGCCUGCGCUCCUCUUUAACAAUUUCUCCCUUCCUUUCCUUCUUUCUUUCUUUCUUUUAUGCCCGUCUCCUUUUCUUAAUCUUUUUUCCCCUGACGAGCGUUCGAGCGCGCGAAGCCCUGGGCCUGCGCGUAUCUUCCUGCAGGGUUUCAUUUCGUCCUCCCGGCCCCUCCCUCUCUUUAUUAGCUUUCCUAAUGAUUUCCUCUGGCCUCAGCUCGAGCUCGCUCGUGCGUGGGCCAAUAUAAUCCUCCACAAAUCCCACCCCGCCUCUCAUCACGGCCUCCCCUCCCCUGGUACUAUACGCGUGUUCCGCCGCGAGCUCCAUUAGCGCGGCUAGCUCCCAUGCUCAUCGCUUUCGCUGACCUUUGAGAGCCAUAUUCUGUUCCUCCUCCUCCUCCUCCUCCUUCAGUUGGUAGCGCUCGUCAUCAUUCCAGGCAGCAAGAUCGCAUGACACACAGCUGAAGCUCGGCUUUGGCGCUUCUUGGUGACCGAAGCACGCGCAGCAUCCAUCCGCCAUGGAGAGUGCCGGCGGACGACCAGAGGCGGCGGCGGCGGCGGUGCUCAAGGUCAAGGGAAGAGACGCCGGAAGAAGACCGAACGGGGCUCACUCGUCUUCUUCCUGCCUGCAACACCGACACUCCAGAAGAACAACGAGCGCGUCGUACGUAAAUGCUCCCGACGUGUCGCCGCGACUCUCCGCCGGUCACAUACCUGCGGCCAUCAGUCGCAGUGAGGUGCUCGACGACACAAGGCGUUCGCUCGACCUCCCUGACCAGUUUCCCGAGCAUCGCGUCGCCGCAGCCACAGAGAGAGCUGAAAGAAGCGGUUCGAAGUCUGCCGCGGACCUGGCCUGGGAGAUAGCCGUCCUGGAGGAGCAAGUCGUCCGCAAGGAGCUGCACCUGCUGUCCCUGUACAGAGCCGCGUUCGACCAGUACCUCGGCGUCUCCCCUCGCGCGUCUGCUCAGGAACCGCGCCAUGAGCGCAGCAGCAGAAGGGCUACUGCUGCUGACGACGAAGGCGCCCUUCGCCUGAGGAGCAUCAAGGAGUCUGCGUCCUACAGCCUACCAACGCUCUCCGAUUCUAAACGCGUACACGCGCAGGAGCUCUCCAGGUGCUCCUCAGGGCGGUCCAGCCUGGCCAACUUCCUGAGCGCCUCGAUCGCUGAGUACGUGCCUAAGAUCUCGUGCAAGCUCUCGGAGGACAUACUGCGGUGCGUCUCCGCCGUCUACUGCAAGCUCGCGAGCAGGCCGCUGUCGCAGGAGGAGGAGGAGGCGAGGUCCGAGACGCCGCCGUUCACGCCUUCUCUCUCGGUCUCGUCCGCGUCGAGCUCCUUCUCCCUCAAGAAGCAGCACCCCGUCCGUGGCUGGAGCCCUCGGUGCUACUACAACGCCGACGCGACUGCGACCCCGGACGCGUACGCUUCGUCCGGCGGGAGCAGUGGGCGGUACAGUGGGGUGAUGGUUUUCCCAGGGAUACAUGUAGACGAGGAGAAGUUUGAGUAUGCCUGCAAAAUGCUGGACACUAUCAGAUCGCUGAUCAAACGGCUGGAGAAGAUUGAUCCUAGAAAGAUGGCACAUGAAGAGCAGCUCUGUUUCUGGGUCAACAUCCACAAUGCCUUGGUUAUGCAUGCUUUCAUGGCCUAUGGAUUACAGGAAAAACGGAUGAAAAGCACUGACUUGAUUCUGAAGGCUGCAUACAAUGUGGGUGGGCAUUCAGUGAACUCCCAAACUAUCCAGAACUCGAUUCUAGGAUGCCAGUCCCACCGCCCUUCACUGUGGGUUCGGACACUAUUUACGCCGACGAAAAAAUCUGGGAGCUCCAUACAUCCAUAUGCGCUUCAGUACGCAGAGCCAAUUGCGCACUUUGCGCUCUCGACCGGCGCGUUUUCAGACCCACCUGUGAGGCUGUACACAGCCAAGAAACUGUACCAUCAGCUGGAGCAAGCCAGGGCCGAGUUCAUCCAAGCAAAUGUCAUGGUCCGGAGGCAGACCAUCUUCCUGCCCAAGGUUCUCCACUUCUAUGCGAAGGAUGCUUCCCUGGAGCUACCUGACCUUGUUGACAUAGUGUGCGAGAGCAUGCCUGAGCUGCAGCGAAAAGAGAUCAGGCAGUAUCUUAGGAGGAGGAUCGACAAGUGUGUUCAGUGGUUGCCCUACAAGUCUUCUUUCAGGUACACUGUGCAUAGCAGUUUGGCUGAGUAGGCACUUUUUUUUCUUCUCUAUGUGCUUGUAAAUAAGGAGCCAUGAUUCUAAGAACAGUCGUCUGUUGGGGUGUGUGUGUGUAUGUAAAACUAUAUUGUGACAGUUCUUUCUUUCUUAGAGGAAAAUUACAGCUUAUCUUAAAUCCUCUUUGUGCUUUACCA